CGAUCAUCGCAUACUAUUAAACAACCGCGGUUGCUAGCUCAUUGCCGAUAAAAUCUAGUCAGAUGGAGGGUGGGGAAUAGUACGAAAGUGGCUUCAUUGUCGGGUUGUUUCGACUCAAGCUUUGCCCGCAAGUGCCACAGACGCUGGACAAGCCCGAAAGUUGGGGAAUGGAAACUCUCUCCCCGGUUAGGGGGGGAAUAUGCGGGGUUGAGAAUAUGACGAAAAUUGUCGGAUGUGAAGCAUGGGCAACUGCAGCGUCUGCAUGUGGUCUGAUCAUCUCAUCAUUGAGCUGAGACGAAAGUGAUGAAAAUCGUCUGGAAGCGUUGAAGAUCGUUUGGGGCCUCCGUUGUCUCCUAAUUCCACAGUGAAAUCUCCCAAUCCUGCAGCAAGUCUAUCACUCAAUACCGGGACGAAGACGGCGAAAGCCUGGCAUACGAUUACUCUCUUCAACAAUUAUUCUGUAAGGAUAACGGCAUCGCGUCAAAAUGUCCCUCGACGAAACACUCCCAGAAAAAAAGACACAAACACCCACCACCAACAGCAUCAAGUCAGAAACCUAUCCUCUCGAUGCGCUGGAUGACCUCGAAAUCCUCCCCCAGAUCCUGCAAGAGGGUAUCCUCUUCGCUGGAUCAGGGACAGCGCUCCUACUACAAGCAACCACGCCCGAGAUUCGCAACGAUCACGACAAAGCCUGCAACGGCCCCAAUCUAGCCACUGAGCUAGGCGAUGCCUUGCAAGCAAUGCUGAGCUUCUUCUCCUGUCUGGUCUUUGGCACACGGCAGGAGAAGAAGACCUUGCUCGAGAUGCUUGGUCGAGGACAGCCUCCUCUCCGCGGCAGCGAGCAUUACUACGCUGCCACGCCCGACGUCCAGCUCUGGAUCGCGGCGACGCUCUACGCCACGGCAACAGAUUUCUACCAGCGCAUCUACGGCCGGGUAGAUUACCGGACGGCCGAAAAGGCGUACGCGGAGUUUGGUCUUCUAAUCCACAUGUUGGGCCUGCCUUCGGGUGUCUGGCCCGAGACGCGCCAGAAGUUCUGGAAGUACUGGGACGACCGCAUCGAGCGGUUGACGGUCACGCCGGACGCGAACAAGUUCGCCAAAGAUCUGCUGCAUGACAAGGCUGUGCCGCGGUGGGUGCAGAUGCUGAAGCCGUUUCUGCGGGUGAUGACGAUCGAGAUGCUGCCGCCGAGGCUGCGAGAGGAGUAUGGGCUCAAGUCUACGAUGGGGACGCGGGGGCUGUACCGAAGCACGAUGGGGUUUUCGAAUGCGGUCUAUCCUGCGCUGCCGGUGUCGGUGCGGUCUUAUCCGUUGCGGUACUAUCUGAAUGAGUUGAGGAAACAUUUGAAUGUUGUUUAGUCGUCAUUCUGUAUACUCCAUGGAUCUACUUCAUAACUUUUAUGCUCUGCACAGCUUUCGGGUAAGAGAAAUAUUGAUGCAAUUGCAUCGUCCCGUUUU